AUGGCGCUGCCGGCGCCGGCCCCCUCCACCCCGCCGCAGGUCACGGGAAGACGGCGCUGCGGAGUGCGAGGGGUGCGCAUGGGUUGCUUUGGCGACCCCGAGAUGAAGCGGCGGCGGCGGGUGGCGGGCUACAAGGCGUACGCCGUGAAGGGCAAGGUGAAGGAGUCGCUCCGCCGGGGUCUCAGGUGGUUCAAGCGCAAGUGCUCCCGCAUCUUGAGUUUCUGA